AUGUUAAUAGAUAAAGAUUUGGAUUUUAAAAGUAAUUUUGAAGGUUGGCAAAUGCUUUUUUACGGUACCGAAGACAUGCCUAACGGAGACGUGGUACCCGGAAGAAAUAAAAAUUGGAACGUGAUAUCGAAAAUAAAAACCGUUUUAACGAAUAGUAAAACAAAUUCAGAAGACGACGUAUCAAAUCAUUUGGAUUCCGAAACGGGUAAUAAUAAAGUAUGGAAAGAUCAGGCGACGAGACGUGAUGACAUGAUGAGAACGACAAUGGAUCCACUGGGAAAUCCCUCAUCCGGAUGCGUUUCUAUAUCAAAAUCUACCUCUCAGUGCGUAGGUUCGUUAUUUUUAUUUUUAUUCACAUCAAGUUGGGGAUUCACAAUUGACUUGUGGGAAUUGGGUAAUUUAAUACCGUCCAAAAAUAUUUUUAAAAUUGUUAAAAGAGCGACUAAGACAGGUGACAAUAAAUUUAUCAUUAUACAAAAAAAAAAAAAGUCGCAAAAUUUUUUUUAUAGAGAGAUACGUCGGAUCGCUCCGAGGCCUGGGAUUCGACACUGCCGAGUCCUUCUUCCUGAAUGCGUCAAUGGAAUGUACCUGUACGGAGGACAGUGUGAAUCUAUUUGCCCACCUAAAACAUAUGCGGAUAUCAAUGCGGAUGGCAGAGCCGUUUGUUUACCCUGUCACUAUACCUGUCUUACCUGCGCCGGUGAUUCAGAUGGACAUUGCACUUCAUGUCACGACGAAGCCAUAUUGGUACCAUCUUCGGCAAAAGUUUCCACAGCGUUGAAUCGUAACAAGUCGUCUAAUAAUAAAAUUUAUUCUUCUCUCAGAAAGGACAUCGUCAUUGGAUGGAACACACACGAUGAUAUUGAUAUUGAAAAUCUUCCUCUUUCGAACGAAAAUUAUCAUUUGAGUUACGGGAAACGAGAGUCGGAAUUUUAUUACGUAAAAAAAAAUCAGGUCGUUGAAAAAAAAGCAGUGACGAAAAAAAUUUUAAAACCUUUUAACGAUGCUACAACCGUCCUUUUCUAUUGUUACCCGGGUAGCAUGAUGAACCAAUUGAAAUCAUCAACAUCUUGGUAUUAUAGAAUGUCCGUAUUAUUCGCUUUUAAUUUGUUUGUUUUAUCCGUUAUUUUGAUGUAUUUAUUAUGGAAAAAAUUUUGUUCUAAUUCGGUAAAAAAUCAACAGGAAAAAGGAGGAGGAGGAGUCGGUUUAAAAUACGGAUAUUUAAAAAUGAACAACUCCGAUAUAGUUAAAAUGCCAAACGGUGAAAAUAUUAUUUAUUUAUCUAGUUCUAGCGAUGAAGAAGAAUUACUAGUCAAUAAAGGAAAAGCAAAACUUAAUAAUCCAAAUGAAAUAUAA